AGGAACAUUGUAUUUUUUAUGUUGAAUGCAACCUUUUUAAAGUGUAUAUAAUCCCAUUUUACUGUGAUUUCUGUCUGUGAUAUUAUUAUUGUAUGAACUUUCAGGUCGCUGUGGUGUGUUUGCUGAGGGACGGGGCGGGGCCGGUGUGGAGGAGGAGGAGGGGCGGUGCUGAGGAGAGAGACAGACAGAGAGAGACAGGCAGAGAGACAGAGAUGCUGAGUAGGAGGAGGGACGACAACAGGAGCAACAACAGGUUUCUGCGGAUGUUUUAAAGCCGGAAGAUCUGCACAAAAAGUCUAAAGAAGAGCCGAUGAAAGGUGCAAAAACCACCUGAUGCUGCAGCCUAAUCUGGUCACCUGGGACUGAACACACACACACACACACACACACACACACGCACACACACACACGGAAGGACGGACGGCCAACAUGGCGUCAGACCCGCCCAUCUUGACAGAGCAGCAGGAGCUGCAGAGGAGAGCCAAUCAGGUCACAGAUGAGUCCCUGGAGAGCACAAGACGGAUGAUGCAGCUGGUUGAAGAGAGUAAAGAUGCUGGGAUCAGAGCUGUGGUUAUGCUGGAUGAACAAGGAGAGCAGUUGGAGCGUAUAGAGGAGGGCUUGGAUCAGAUCAACUCUGAUAUGAAGGAGGCUGAGAAAAACCUGACUGACCUCGGCAAGUGCUGUGGCCUCUGCUCCUGUGAUAAACUGAAGGCCUUUGAGGAGAGCGGGGCGUACAAGGCGGUUUGGGGCGGAGGCUCCGGUCAGGAUGGCGUCGUGUCCAAUCAGCCGCCGUCUUCUCGAGUCGUCGAUGAGAGAGAGCAAAUGAUCAUGAGCGGAGGACACAUACGGAGGGUGACUAACGACGCCCGCGAGGACGAGAUGGAGGAGAACCUGACUCACGUCGGCAGCAUCAUCGGAAAUCUGAAGAGCAUGGCGCUGGACAUGGGCAACGAGAUAGACACGCAGAACGUCCAGAUCGAACGCAUACAGGGAAAGGCUAUCCUCAACGUGUCCCGCAUCGACGCCGCCAACCAGAAAGCCAACAACCUCAUGAAGCGAUAGAAGGAGCGCGCUUCCAUUUCUCUCUCUUUUUUCUCCACUUACUUUCCAAUUACUAUCCAUCUGCAUGCCGUGCCAAAGUGUUGCUGCUGUUAUUCUCUCACACACGAUUGCUGUGAUAUUCCUACAGUAGGGGUCAGCAACCUUUACUAUCAAAAGAGACAUUUUAGGCAAAGAAAAAACCCAAAACAAUCUGUCUGGAGCCGCAAAACGUGAUCAUUGGGAUGAAGGU